GUCAGCAGGAAGCAAACGGCACAACUCAAGAUCAGUGGAAGUGUGAGUUUUUAAGGUAUCAUCACCUCUAUUGAAGCCGAUGAGCAGAAGGUGGAAAAUAUGUCAAACGCUAAGAAAUCAGCACCCAGACAGACUCUGGAAGGCUCAGUGAUUUGUCGCCAUUGUUCCCACGAGUUUUGUUCUGUUGUCAGUUUUAAUGUGAAAGACGAGUUGGAGUUCCAGUUGGAAUUAUUUAAAAACAGAAAAGACCAGUCAUCCUUUGUCAAUCUGAGAUUUAUCCAUACAGAACAGGAUUAUCUAGAAGAAAGGUCCAGUGUGAAAUGUCCAGCUUGUAAAAAGAAGUUUGAGCUGUCCAUUUGCUUUAAUGUGACUAUUGAUGAGAGUCAAUUUAAAUUUAAUCUGUCCAUUACAACCUGUGAGGCUGACGAGAAGAAAAAUGAAAAAAACCCAAAAGCUGUCACUUCAGAAAAACGGCACACCCUCCCUGUACAACGCAGAGUGAAGGUUUUCUAUAAGUGCUCUGGUGAGAUAUUUCAUAGUGAUGAACAAAUAAAGGAACAAUUGAUGACGGACAAAUGGCAGACACUUCAUAUCCAGGAGACAAGCCUGAAAGAUUCUGACAUCGUCAUUGUCUUCUGUCCAAUCACAUCCCGUGUUGGAUCAGAUGUAGAGUCAUCCAUGACAGACAAAACAGUGUCAUCAGUGAAGAAACCAAUCAUCUUGGUUCUGAUGCAUCACACCAGAGACUCGGAUUAUUCAACUGCAGGAACAAUCUGGUCUGAAGUUUAUCCAAAUGUUGUACUUGAUGUUCAUGUUCUGUUCCAUGAGACGAAACCAGGACUAUUGAGAUGUAGACAAAAUGAGGAGGCUUUCGAGAUGAUUAAAAAAGAGCUAAAUAAAUAUUCAAAAUCAGCCUUUGGAAUGUUACCAAACUAACAGACUCGUUGAGACUGUUACAGGAAAGAGGAAAUAUCCAGUGAGCUGAAAUCAUCUGGGGAGAAAUGCUGAGUAAAUGUCAGAAGGAGAAUGAAUAGACAUGUUCAAGAUGAUAGAAAUUAAGCAGUAGUGCUAUAAACACUUAUUAAAAACCAAAUAUGUCUAACAUCCCAUUUCUGAACAUGUAACAUGUUGAAUCAUAAAACAAAUGGAUUAUAGUGACAGAAGAGGAAACUCCUCCCAGCCCAGAACAGGAAGAACCAACAGAACAUUGUUUAUACACCACAUCCUGCCCAAGUAUGAUUCCUGACCAUGUCCAUCCUUUUAUGAUCACAGUUUACCCAGACUCUGAUGGCUACUUCCACAAGUGUAACGGCAUUACGCUACAAAUUUAAAAUAAUUGUAAUCGCACAACUGACACUUACAAAUGACCAGUUCACUCAGCUCCAAAGAUCUGAGUCCUUUGGGAUGUAGUUCAGUGGGAGACUCAUGUCAUUGUAAGGCUGAAAUGAUUAUUCGGAUUAAUAAAAAUGGAUCAACAAUUGUUCUGUAUGCUUAAUGAAUUAAUUUAAUAAUUGACUAGCUGGGGUAUGGAGUAUAGAUACUCUAAAAAAGGUGUUUUGCUGAAAGAACCUCACCCUCAACUGUAAUUCAGCCAAAACUGUACAAAAAUCUAAACAUUUACAUUAAAGUUUAAAAUAAAUAAAAAAUACUUUAUCUGUGCACACAUUCCACCCAGAACUCCUCAAGUUGCAGCUUUAGCUUAAUUGGCUCCAAAUCUGCCAAAAAAAAAAAAAAAAAAAACUAUUAAAAAUCUUUUGCUAUCCAGUUAUUAACCAUAUAAAUUAUUUUAUUUCAAACAGGAAUUGAAUUGUUCAUUUGCAUCUUUUGAUAUAUUUUUGAUUUUGCAUAAUAAAUAAAUGAAAAAUUAGCUUUUGUAAUUUAACAAAGAAGCUGCAGUAAGUCAGCUGUGAAUGAAUCAGCUACAGUGAACUCACCACCAGCAUAUUCACCUUCAUGGUUCAUCCAGAGCUGCAGAGGCAUGAAUUAUUUUGCAAACAUUACUCAUUUCCAGACAUAUUUUAUUUUACUAUUUUACAGACAUAUUUUAUGUCUGUAAAAACAAACAUAAAAUAUGUCAAUAAUUUUAUUAAAACAGCUCCUGAAACACAGUGAGUGUUUAAGAAGCCAGAAACAAGUUAAAAUAUGACAGUGUUACGUUUAUUAGCUGUUUAGUUUAAUUUUAUCCAAAUCAAUGAGAAAACAUUUGACAAGUCCUCUUUUUAUGCUGGACUUUAGCUGGUGGUGGAACAGGGUGAAGGGCUCUUCAUGUUCCUAAACAUAUAAAAUGAGAUAAACGGAGUAAUGGGUGGCAAAACAAUCUGUUAUUCAAAUUAGAGAUAUCUAGAACACAUAACAUACUCUGAGGUCAGAGUUCAAAGUGAUAUCAUAUUUGCACCAUAUAGAGGAUAAAGUUCUCAGCAUUUUAACCAAUGAAAGCAGUCAGUUAAGCAGCAUAUUUAUGUUUUCCUUUAUUGCCACAAAAUAUGCCUGAAAUGUGUUUUUGAAAAUAAAAAAAUGUACACAGCCA